UCUCUCUCUCUCUCCCUCCCUCCCUCUUUCCCUCCCCCUCCCCUCUUCUCUUUCUCUUUCCCUUUCUCCAUCUCUUUCUCCUGCACCACCUGUUAGUGCAGAUCCCUGUGCUUUGGAAUCCACUUGUUUAUGAGGGAGUCUUUUACACUCACACAAUCACAGCUCUAUGACGGUACGUAAGGGAAAAAAGCUCACCAUCUCCAUCCAGGAACACAUGGCCAUAGACGUCUGUCCAGGCCCCAUCCGACCGAUUAGACAGAUCUCUGCCUAUUUCCCCCGACUCUCCCCGACCGCUGAGCCCAUCUCCCCGAACCCUUCUGCUUCUCCAUUGGCUCUCAGUCCGGGAGGUGGGGCCUCUGGAGGAACGACUGGAGGUCUCUUGUCACCUCUGCUGGCAGGGACGAGGGGAGGUGGUGGGUCUCUGUCAGCAGCCAGCAGCAUUGAAACAUCAGUGGAAAUCUGCAGUUCAGACAGUGAUGACUGUACUGCAUUGGGGACACUAGAGUUUGAACUGAGGUAUGAGAGAGCAAGCAGUUCACUCCACUGUACCAUCAUCAGAGCCAAGGGACUGAAACCUAUGGAUUUCAAUGGCCUGUCAGAUCCUUAUGUUAAACUUCACCUUCUUCCAGGAGCAUGUAAGGCUAAUAAACUAAAAACCAAAACUGUGCGAAAUUCUCUAAAUCCUGUUUGGAAUGAGACCCUUACUUACAUUGGCAUCACCGAAGAGGAUAUGCACAGGAAGACCCUGAGGUUAUCAGUGUGUGAUGAGGAUAAACUGACUCAUAAUGAGUUUAUUGGAGAGUCUCGUGUGGCCCUCAGACGUGUGAAACCAGACCAGACCAAACGAUUCUACACCUGUUUAGAACAUCCACCACCUCUUCCCUCACCUACAGCAAUGGGAGCAGCCCUGCGAGGGAUUUCCUGUUACCUAAGAGAGUGGGAGAAUGAACAGUUGACCAGUCUGGAAGAGAGAGGCCGUCUGUUGCUCACGUUGCAGUUUGUUCCCCCACCUGAAGAGGGAGACGGAGAGGGGCAACGAGGGGGCUUGUGUGUCGGAGUGCAACGUUGCGCUCAUCUGGCCGCCAUGGACGUCAAUGGUUUCUCCGAUCCCUAUGUGAAAAUAUAUCUGAAGCCAGAUGUGAAGAAGGAAUCCAAACACAAAACUGCAGUGAUUAAAAAGACCCUUAAUCCCGAAUUCAAUGAGGAGUUCUUCUAUGAGAUCUCACUAUCCGAACUGGUUCAUAAGACGCUGGAGGUUACAGUAUGGGAUUAUGAUCUGGGAAGAUCGAACGAUUUCAUAGGUGGUGUGUGCUUGAGCUGUCAGGUUCAAGGAGAUGCUCUUCGCCACUGGAUGGACUGCCUGAGAAACAAGGGUCAAAGGGUGGAGCGCUGGCACAUUCUGACCAAUGAGCUGCCUCAGACGACCUGCCAUGACUGAGAAAGUAACCUGUCAGGAAUGAGGAAAUCGGUCAUGAUAGGUUUAUCAGUCUGAUUGCUGUGAAGUGGACAUGGAGUUAUUAAUAUGAGCUGGGAUGUCUAACCAGGGGCCAAGAUGCGCAGAAGAAAAAUUACAAUAUUUGUGCUGUUUCAAAGGAUGGGCCACCGGUUGUCUUUUGACUGAAUGUCAUUCAAAGUGACUCCCCUUCCCUUACCCACAUUACUCUCUCUCUUUCUCUCAUUGCUGCACGUUUUCUACACAUUUUGCAAUGUCAAGGUGAAUUUUUCUCUUAUGAAAUUGUGUGUAGCACAACUCUCUUUUUUGACCGACUGAUAACAAUGUAUUUUAAUGUUCUGUGCUUUCGUAAUGCUUGCAUACAGAGCUAAGACGCAUCUUUAACAAAACAGGUGCAUGUAAACUGCCUGCUGUAAACUCAUCAGAAUGAUAAACACAUGGAAAGGUCCAGUGCUCUCAAUGGAAGACGUUAUGCGUAUGUUACCAACAAACAGACUAUCCAUUUUGUAGCAUGAUGCAAUGUUUACAUUUUUUACUUUGCAUACAUUGUUUUUCAAGGUCUCGGAUUUGGCACUUUUAAAUUUACAGUUGUAGAGGAGUUUUAUGGACAUGCUACAAUUUGAUAUCACAUACAUUAACUAUUUGAUAUAUUUUUGGAAUCUAAUGUUUGUAUGUGCUAUAAACUAAGUUUAUAUGAAUUGAGUCUGCAUGCAUGUGUGUGUGGGUGUGUUGGUUGGUUGUUUUGUAUAAAAAAAGUGUUGUACUCUUGAGGGUUUGUUGUUUCUAUCAAGUGCUUAAGUACAAUUUAAAAAAUAUAUAUUUGAAAUGUAUUACUCUUAAGAUGUGCAUCAUUUCCCUGCAUAUUUUUGGACUGAGCAUAGAAACCACUUAUUAAUUACAAUCUGUAAUGGCUUCAGCAAGCAGAACAGCUGUCAUAGUGCAAUAACAACAAGCACUCUUCAUCUAAAUGAUCUUAUUUGCUACGGUUGGUUCCUGCUAUCACUGCUACAUUAUUUUAGCAAGUGUGAAUUUUUGCGGUCAUUAUGACAAUAAGACUCUCUAACACAAAUUCCAGUUUUAGAUAAUAAUUAUCCUCCUGUAAAAAUCACAAUGUUUCUCCUCAACAUUUUAUGUUAAUAAUGUGUUGCUGCUAUUGGGGGGAAACAGCAGUCCACACCGAGGUUAAUGUGUCAGACUCCCUAAAUCUAAUCUAGUUUAAAUUACCCAAAAUGCUGAGCAACUUUUAUAAAUUAAAAACAUAAAGCCUAUGAAACUUUUAUAAUAGGUCAUCUAUUCUACACGUAAUGUUUUUUAUUCCUCCACCGUAAAAAUGCUCAACACUGACACCCAGCGGAAACUUGUUUAUAAUGCAGUCUAGUUUCAACCCAAAGUGUACUCGACAGAAGCCUGCACAAUAUUGGGAAAUAUGGGGGGACUGACAGAUUUUGUUUUUCUUCUAUGUAUUGCAAUAUGAAAAACGAUGACUUUAAAUGACUUGAAUAGCUCUAUUUGAGGAAUUAAAGGGACAGUCCGUCCAAAAAUGAAAAUUCUGUCAUCAAUACUCACCCUUCAAUUGUUUCAAACCUGUAAACAUUUCUGUUCUGCUGAACACAAAGGGGUGGUUUCCCGGACAGGGAUUAUUAAGCCAGGACUAGGCCUUAGUUUAAUUAGGAAAUAUAACUAGUUUUAACAAACAUGCCUUACUGAAAACAUUACUGGUGUGCAUUUUAAGGCAAAACAAAGGGGACUGAUUUAUUUUAAGAUAUGUCAGUGCAAGAUGAUUUCAGUUUGGACAGCUCUUACAUUUAUUUUAGUCUAGGACUAGUCUUAUCCCUGUCGGGAAACCGCUCCAAAGAGGAAUAUUUGUUAUCAAGCAGGAAGCAAAAGCACCACUGACUUCCAUAGUAGGAAAAAUACUAGAAGACAAUGGUGCUCAACAAAACUUUUACAAACAUUGCUCAAAAUAUAUUUUUUGUGUGUUUGUUCAGCAGAACAAAGAAAUGUAUACAGGUAUGAAACAGGUUGGGGGAGAAAAAUGAUGACACAUUUGUUAGUUUGUGGUUAACUAUCCCUUUAACGUGUGCCUUGCAUUUCUUAUAUAGGUCUGGGA